AUGGCAAAACAGAUCUGUCCUUUCUACUUGAGGAAUCGUUGUGUCUAUGGUGACAGAUGCAUAAAUCUUCAUUGUCAACCGGAUAACAGGUUGCCGGUUCAAAGUCAAAAGUCUCCUCCACCAUGUAAAUUUUAUCUCCGAGGCUAUUGUCAUAAUGGUGACAGUUGUACAUUCUCGCAUAGUGGAAACGUAUCUUCACGUUACAUCUAUCAACGAAGUACUGUAAAACAAUUUCCUGAUACAAAUUACUCUGGUAGUUGCUCACAAAAUCGAUCGGUAGAUUCUCAAAGAAAUCAAAUAUUCACUAACAAGGUGAUCAAUGAACAACAUUCAUUAUCUCUGUCUAGGAAUAGAAGUAAUCCUGUCAGUAAAGGAUUUUCAUUUCGUCAAACUGUUGAAGCAAUGAAGCAGGCUGCAGCAGAGGAGGAGAAAGAGGACGAGGAGACGAAAGAAAACGACAAGGAGAAAAUACCCGCCUACAUUGAAUUAGGCUAUGAAGCUUAUGAAGUUUACAGUGAUUUGGAUCAACUCAAUGCCGACGAGGUGGUGACAUAUAGUUCUGAUAAAGCCUUUUUCAAUAAUCCCCUUCCAUUAUAUGCUCCACCAGAAAGUUUAUGUUUAUUUUCAUAAAAUCAUGAAUAGAAUAUUAAACUCUGUACUCUUAUUUUGUAUUUAACAAUAAUAUAAAAGGUCAGAAUCAUUUUAUUUAUUUGAUGAUG